GCGGGACGGGAGCUUGUUCGGGCAUCAGCUAUCUCUUUGUGUCGUGUGCCUGUCCAUGAUACUUGACGCCUUAUGGGGUCGGCAAAGGGAGGUACCUGCCUUUGAAUGUGUAUUUGUAAGGAGGUCAGAGGUACCGUCCGCUCACUGACCUGACCCAUGGCCGCCGACGGGACCUGCGAGAUGAGAAAAAAAGGGGUUCAUCAUUGGCACCACUCAACCACGGCACUCUCAUAUUUCCGAUAUCCGUGCUACCUAUUAAUACUACUGCGUAACUAUUGACCUAAUCAAGGAGUCGAGAUGGCCAUGGUGCCGUAGCAUUGAAGCAUUGAUUUCCAUCCUCUCGAAACGCAAAAGUGCCCAUGUCGGAACCACUGUCGGAACCACUGGCAGGCCACCCGCUGGAGCAGUCGCCGUCGCAUUCAGACGUUGAACCGUCGCAGUCGCAAUUCCGGCUGAUCAGGCAAGUCAAGCAAAUGCUGGGUCUCAAGGGGUCUGCUAGUCACGCUGAAGCUCACGAUCCCCAAUUGCCCGAGCUCCUCCCCAAGCUCCCCAACUUUUUGGACCUGGACCUGGAGCUGCCGGCCGAUCUGUCUGCGUCCAUCGAGUUUGAACUGCCACUGUAUUGUACAGAACUAGACACCACCUUGACCACUCCAUCGCCAAGCUCGGCGGGUGCUGCCGAUCCGCAUCUCCUCCACCAGGACCACCAAUUCCCCCCUCUGCUGUCUCCCAUCUCCGCAAACACCAACAAGACCACCAAUCUCGACGACGCCACAACCGCUACUUCCGCUUCUGCCGCUGCCAUCUCGUCAACAACACAGCCGACCUCAGCAACGCCAUCGCUCUUCGUCUCCGAGGGCACCUUUUUGCUGCCAGCCGACGACGACGACUAUCCCGGCCCCGGCCCCUCCUCCAAUUACCGCGACUCCUUUGCUUCUGCCAUUCUCGACGAUCCCUUCGUCUGCCAACCCGUUGGCGCGCCCAAUACCCAUACCACAGACACUGCCACCAAUCCUAGGCCGAUACCCAGUCAGGCGCCCAGUCCGAGUCCGGGUCCUAUUCCCAAUCCCCCGUCCGAGUCGACUUAUAGCUAUAAUCGCAAUGAUCCGCAACAACCGUGGCCUCCGCCUCGCAAAGAGUCUCUGAGAGUCGACAGCCCAACACCGUGGUUCGAUCAUUCGCGAUCGAGACGUGCCAUGGCAUCCAUAAACAUUGCCGUCAUUGGCGCCUACGGCGCGGGCAAAUCCUCCUUCGUCCAGCGAGCUUUCCGCCUGCAACGACCGCCCGAGCUAAACAUCUCGACCCUGCGCAUGGAAAUCGAUGGCACCAGAUACCUCGUCACCCUCGUAGAAAUUGACCUUGACGGCUUCAAAGACCUUGACCCCGGCCAGUCGAUACAAUGGCCCAAGCAAAUAGACGGCCAUAUGCUCCCCCCCAUGCCCGACGGCGCCCUGAUUCUGUACGACGUCACCAACACGGACAGCAUCCACGAUGUCUCCCCAGCCAUGACUUUCCUGGCCAACGCCUCCAUACCAACCAUACUUGUCGCGACGAAAUGUGAUACCCCUGCGAGCAUACGGCAGGUGGAUAUGAACGCCGUAGCACACAGCUAUACCUCGUGUGUUGCCCAUCUGAGGAUCUCGUCCAAUAUUCCCGGCGGCGCUCGUGAAACCCUCUUGACCAUGAUCGACGCCAUCCUGGCCAGCAGAAGAGAAGCGCAAGAGAGGCCGCAAAGGUCGGCUUCGAGACGAAGAGCUGCUUCAGCCGCCAACCUGGAUGCUCCCCCCGAAGUCAACGGUCGUCCCAUCAGCCAGCACAGCAAACACAGUAGAGCAAGCUCCGACUUUUCGCUCCUGAAGGGCUUUGCGCCUCCUAGCGGCGACGGUUCUCACCAGAGAUCCCAACUUUCGAGGUCGCCGAGAAUGGAAUAUCUACAUGCACAAUACGGCACUUCCAGCCCGCAACCAUCAGACAUCCCCGAGGAUGGUGCUCCACACGCAUUGUCCGGCACGCUACGUACACCAGGGAUACGGUUGGAGAAAGGAUCGGGAUCCUUCUUAGAUGUUGAAGAGUCGGAUCCAGAAAGCCACCGCUUGUCGGACGAUGUAGCCAUAAUGGCGCGCAAUCAGGAUUAUCUGGAAGACGAGGCUCCGAAACUUGCGGGCGUCACCUUCGAUGAGCUUAUCGACAGGAUUAUAGCUCCAAAGAUGACGAGGGCGGACACCAGCUUUGCCGACAUUUUUCUGUGCUUAUAUAGAAAGUUCGCUACGCCCUGCGAGCUAAUGAGCGCGCUCCUUUCGCGGCUGGACCGCUUAAGGGACGACACGGACAUGCCCUCUUUGCUGAGCAUUGAAAGCCAGAUGCGCGUUAUUGAGGUUGUCGCGAAAUGGCUUUCUCUUUACCCCGGAGACUUUGCCCGACCAGCAACGAGGAGGAGAUUGGAAGGACUAAUAAGCGACUUGGCAACGAACCAAAUCUUUUCCGCAGCAGCCCGCCAGAUGAAGGGGAACCUGGAGCAAAAGGUGGUGGAUGACGAUGACACCUGGUGGGCAAGGGCGGACCCGGUCGACGAAGAUGACGAGGAGGCGGGCAGGGACGUGGGGCGGAGACUCGCCGAGUCUGUGACUUCAUUGCAGAUUGACGAGUCGGGCGCGUAUGAUCGUCGACGUCCAUCACACAGCUCAGACCUCUCGGGGGCUGAUCCGACAGCAAAAUUCACGUACCAUUCCAUCGAAGACUACGAGCGCGAAGCCGCGGCCUUGGUACCCUCUCCGCAUCUACCGCUGAACAAGUCCCACUAUCACACCUUCAUGGACAUCGACCCCGAUAUAGUCGCCGACGAGAUCACCCGCAUCGAUUGGAUCAUGUUCAGCUCCAUCCGCAUACGCGACAUGGUACGCCACGUCAGUCUGCCCGCCGACCAGAAGGAGAAGUGCCGCAGUCUCAAGAACGUCAACCGCAUGGUUUCCCACUUCAAUCACAUCGCCCAAUGGGUCUCCAACAUGAUCCUCAUCCGCGACAAGGCCAAACACCGCGCGCCCUGCCUAGAACGGUUCAUGGUCAUCGCCCAGCGACUGCGCACGCUGAACAACUACAACGGCCUGGCCGCCGUGUUGGCUGGUAUCAACGGCACCGCCAUCCACCGACUCGCGCAGACGCGAAAUUUAGUCUCGCAAGACGUGCAGAAGCGGUUCGCCCGGCUGGUCCUGCUCAUGGGCACGCAAAAGAGUCACUUUGCUUACCGGUUGGCGUGGGAGAACACGCCGCUACCGAGGAUUCCGUUCAUCCCCUUGCACAGACGUGAUCUCGUCUCGGCGGAGGAGGGAAGCAGGACGUUUGUGGGACCGAAUAAUGAUCGGAUUAAUUGGAAGAAGUACGAGGUGCUUGGGGAGGUGUUGCUGCCCGUAUUGAGGAGUCAGGGACAGCCGUAUCCGAACUUGACCAAGCACGAGCCUAGUAGGGAGUUGAUUCUUGACAUGAACAUGCCGACGGAUGAAGAGGAUAUCUACCAGCGAAGUAUACAAGUAGAGCCGACAACAGGCGGCGAGUCAACCACCAGGAAGAAAUUCGCGUGGCUCGUAAGCAAAUCUUAAUACGGGUAGAGAAGUGAGGAAGGGAGGAAAGAAGGACGGAAAAGGAAAUGAAGAGCAAGGCGUUGUGGAUGUAGCCGGAAUUCCAAGAAAGGUUAUGUACUACCAAAGGCAAAAAGGAAAACAGGGAAGGAUGGAUGGAUGGAGGGAGGGACGGAUAGCAGGGAAAUGAACGGGGUCGGAGAAGAUGACAAUGACAUCGGUAGUGGCAUGGUCAUUAUUCGUCUGACACUCACAACUGUAUCAAAGAUCAAACUCAUCCUAAAGCCUACGAAGUGGGUAAACAAGCGCUUAUAACCAUUUGGACUGAAGCUUAAGGGAGGUUGUAAUGAUGAGGUUCCCGGAGGCCAAGUGAUACAGGAAACCUGGGGUUUCCAGGUUUCCAGCACCUUGUAGAAUAGUCAUGGAGGUUCUGGUUGCCAGGCUUGGGACAAAGGUUCUUAGAACCUUUGUUGCCAGCCCAGUA